UUAAUAUUAAAUUAAAUGAUUAAAUAUUUGAAAUGUUAUUAGUGUCUGCUUUAGCUAUUCAAAGAUAUAUCAACUUUUCAAAGCAGCAAACAAGUAUUGGGAAAUUUAGGGUUUUGAAACUGAAUUGUCGCGCAUUUUUAUUUGUUUUACACUAAAUUAUCUGUAAGCAAAUUUGACGACAAACAAAAACGAGUUAAUCUUGAAAUAAUCGGUUUUGACACUAUAAAUAAAAUUAAUUACAUAUUUGUCGCACUUUCAUUUAAAAAUAAAUUUGUUUUCUUCUUUUAUUACAAUUAUUAUUACAAACUAAAAGACUGAUACAAAAUAUUAAUUAAUUAAUUAAUUAAUUAGUUCAAUAUUACUUGAUUAAUGAAGUCGUUGCUAACAAACAGAUAGUUAACGACUACAUUUUAAAAAUAUUUCAGCUAAAAUUUGUCAUUUUUUGUCACUUUUACACAGUUUUACUUAAAACCUCUAGUCCGAAAUGUUCAAUCAACAAACCGGCAAAGUAGAAAUAGAAGAAAAAGAAACUAAAAAACUCGAAACUUAUGAUUAUGAUGAUAAACUUUCUUUUAUCGCUGAAUGGAAAAGUGGUAUAGGAGACCGUCACUUCAUCUUCCACUAUUUCCCAUUCGAUAAAACAAUCCAACUUUACGACAAGGACAAGAACUACUUGUAUUUACGUCGUAUCAAAACCAAAGUACGCUACAUUGAUCUCUAUCCAGGCAAUAAACUAAUGAUAUUCGGCAAACUAAUGACACUAACGGAUUUCGCAAACGUCUUUACCGGUAACAACAUAAGCGAAAUGCGUAGUCUAUGUAUUUUAAAGCCAGUUUUGAAAAGCAUGAGUUACGGUAAAAUUAUAUCAGUAUUAGAGCAAGCCGAUUUGCGAAUAUCACGCAUGACAAGGUGCCGUAUCAGCCGCAAAGAAUCGCUCAAGUUUUACGAAUAUCUGCGCGGUCGCGCCAUUUGUCCCUUCAUGGUCGAGCACUUGGUUUCAGGUCCGUCUUUGGGCUUGGAAAUGGUUGGUCAUGACGCGGUGAGUCGACUGUAUGCGAUUUUAGGUCCCAGAACACCAUCGGAGGGUAGAAAAGUGGCGCCGCACACCCUUAGGGCGAUCUACGGCAAGGACCGUGUCGUUAACGCCAUCCACGGCACUGUGAGGAAGGAUUUAGUGGUCAACGAGCUGUCCAUCUUCUUUCCCCCUAGUCAUCCGCCUGAAACCACUGCCCUUUAUCAGGACAGCACACUGUGCAUUAUUAUGCCGCAUAUAGUUCUGGCCCGGAAAUUGGGAGAGAUCAUUAAUUGCAUCACAGAGUCGCAUUUCCGUGUCACAGCCUUGGAUUCGUUCCACAUGAAUCCUUACAAUACCGAAGAGUUUUUGGCUAGAUACAAAGGUUUGGUGCCCGAUUUCCAUAAAUUUCAGGAGCCGUUCAUGAAUGGGACGAUUGUAGCAUGUGAAAUUUCUGGUCAGGUGAAAGACAUGGACGUAUUUGGAGAGUUCAAGGAGUUUUGCGGGCCGAGGGAUCCGGUCGUUGCAAGGGAGAUACGACCGAACUCGUUACGUGCUAUUUAUGGAAUCGACAGGUACGACAAUGCGGUCUACUGUUCGACUGUCAGAGAGGAUGCGUUAUUAGAACUCGAAUAUUUUUUUAAAAUCGUACGUGAAAGUACAUGAAUUUUAUACACUUUUGUAUUAUAUAUGAAUAAAAUUAUUUUAUAAA